UUACAUUUUAUCAUAAAAUACCUCCUCAUUCACUAAAUAUUUAUCUCUCCUACUUGGGGUGAACAAUCCCCUAACACACUCAUACAAACAAAUCUACUUUUAAACGUUCUGUCUCUCGAGCAUCCGCUUGUUGUUUGUAGCUUUAGCCUGCUAGCGCCGCUGGUCAGCUAAAGCUACCAAACUCUUUCACUCACUUAUUUUCUCACUUUCUGGCUUUGCUCUUCACCUUGUACAAUGUCGCUUGCGUGUCUGUCCUUGAGUGCAGGAGAGGCAUCGAUGGAGGCGCUGGAGCUGGAGCUGGAAGCGGUGGAGUCCCAGAUUCGCUCGCUGGAGACGAAGCGAGAGGGCAUCAGAGCACUGCUCUUAACCCGUACUCGCUCGUCUGAGGUAAGUGUCCGAUACAACGACAAUCUCCCAGUUUCUUCAACCCCGCGUGUUUCUCUGUCCAGGCCCAGCGCACCGAGGACGCGGUUCGCCCAGGCGUCGUUCACGCCGACACCCGGCUACCACGGCCCCUGGGUGCAGCCGCGUAAGGUGCUUGCCAGGUCCCGGGGCAGAACGUCUCCUCCUCCGGUGUUCGAGAUCCCCACGGAGAACCGCUUCGCCCCUCUCCGCGAGACGGGUCGCGAUGUUGCCAUCAUUGGCGACUCAAUCGUCCGCCACGUCCGCUCCACUUCAUCCAAAGAUACCUACUAUCCUGAGCGCUGCCGAGAGCCUCGGUGCCGCCGUCCUCCACGUGGGGACGAACGACACCGGGCUCCGGCAGACGGAGAUCCUGAAGAAGGACUUCAGGAGCCUGAUCGAGACGGUUCGACGCACUUCGCCCGCCACGCAGAUCAUCGUUUCUGGACCGCUUCCUACCUACCGCCGAGGAAAUGAAAGGUUCAGUAGACUUUUUGCUCUGAAUGAAUGGCUAUUAACAUGGUGUGAAGAACAGAAAUUGCUCUUUGCCAAUAACUGGAAUCUUUUCUGAGAGCGUCCUAGGCUUUUCCGCGCUGAUGGGCUGCACCCCAGUCGAGCUGGAGCUGAACUCCUGUCGGACAACAUCACCAGAACACUUCGCUCUAUCUGACUAGUAAGUAAAAAUUCACAAAAUUCACAAUUUAGCCACACAGACUCCUAUUCGUCCCACAUAAAUAACAGUAAUGCAUACCUAGCUAACCCCAUAGAGACUGUGUCUGUUCCUCGUAUUAUUAGACCAAGAAACAAACGUACUGUGUGCUCCAGAAAUAAUCUAUUAAGAAUUAAACCAGAAAAAACACUAAAAAGUGAAAAUACAAAUUUCAUGAAGCUUGGUCUCCUAAACAUCAGGUCACUAGCACCUAAAGCACUUAUCAUAAAUGAAAUAAUAACAGAUAACAAUCUUAAUGCACUCUGUCUUACUGAAACCUGGCUGAAACAAAAUGACUAUAUUAGUUUAAAUGAGGCAACUCCUCCAGGAUUCUUAUAUAAACAUGAGGCUCGUCAAACUGGUCGUGGUGGUGGAGUCGCGUCAAUCUUUAGUGAUAUUCUUAAUGUUAAUCAGAGAAACGGACUUAUGUUUAGCUCCUUUGAAGUACUAGCGCUUAAUGUUGUCCUUCCAAACACUAUGCAAAAACCUAUGUUAUCUCUCGCUCUAAUCACCAUAUACAGACCUCCAGGACCCUAUGUCAAUUUUCUAAAAGAGUUUUCUGAUUUUAUCUCUGACUUACUAGUUAAAACUGAUAAAAUACUAAUUGUAGGAGACUUUAACAUCCACAUAGAUGACGCUAACGACACAUUAGGGCUCGCGUUUACGGACUUGCUGGUCUCACUAGGAAUAAAGCAAAAUGUUAUUGGUCCAACUCAUCGCCUAAAGCAUACACUAGAUCUAAUUCUGUCUUAUGGAAUUGAGGUCACUAAUGUAGACAUUAUACCACAAAGUGAUGAUAUUACAGACCACUACCUCUUACUAUAUAAGCUGUGUUUACCUGAAAUUAGCAGAUCCGCUCCGAUAUAUCGCCCUAGUAGAACUAUUGUUCCGUCCACUAAAGAUGAAUUUAUAAAUAACUUACCUGAUCUUUCUCUACUUCGAAAUGCACCCGCAAACGCAAAUGACCUUGAUGUAGUAACCAGCAGUAUGGAUGCCAUCUUUACUAGCACUCUAAAUACUGUGGCACCCAUCAAACUAAAAAAGGCUAGAGAGAAUAAAACUACACCAUGGUAUAAUAGUCAUACCCGCGCUCUCAAAACAGCAGCCCGUGCCCUGGAACGUAAAUGGAAAAAAACUAAUUUAGAAGUCUUUCGAAUUGCAUACAAAGACAGUAUGUCCAGCUAUAGGAGGGCUUUAAAAUCUGCCAGGGCUGAGCACCUCCGCAAACUGAUAGAAAAUAAUCAAAACAAUCCUAGAUUCUUAUUUAACACCAUCGCUAAAUUAACAAAUAAUCGGUCAUCUUUGGAACAAAACGUUCCACCGCAAAUUAGUAGUGAUGACUUCAUGAAUUUUUUCAGUGAUAAAAUAGAAGGCUUUAGACAGAAAAUAGGAGAUAUUAAACUUUCUGCACCGCCUUAUACUUCA